UGAGAGAUCACACCACCGCUGAAGAUUCUGGCAGGACGGUGCGUCUAAUUUGGCUAUUUUAACGAACAUUACAAAACGUGUUUCUGCUCGUUUUUUUUUUUUUGCUUAAUAGUUUUUAUGAGAUCGAGCCGGACCGGUUGGUUGUUCAACAACAGGCUGAAAGUAACGGCAGGCAUGAGGAUUGCACAUCUUUAUCUGGAAAUGCAUCAGUUCCGCUGGGCUGCCUCGUGACUCCAGCAGCGACCGAGAGGAGGAGGAGGAGGAGGAAGGAGAGGACAGUAUAUGAUCCUCUGAAGCGCUUAUGCACGCCUGGAUCUGGAGGACCAGAGGACCAGCUGCACGGGGAGGCGCUGAAAUGAGAUGAGGCUCAGACAUGGAACUGUUGCCACUGCGAUUGUUUUCUUCACGUCGUUUCUCAGUCUGUCCUGGUACACGGCUUGGCAAAAUGGCAAAGAAAAGCUGGUAGCCUAUCAGAGGGAGUUUCAUGCCCUGAGGGAGCGUCUGCGCGUGGCAGAGCACCGAACCCUUCAGCGCUCCUCUGAGCUCAACGCCAUCCUCGAGCAGUUCAGACGUGCCAUCGCAGAGACCAACGGCAGCAAAGAUGCUCUCGCCAAUUUCUCAGAUGAGACGCAGAAGUUGUUAAAGGAUCUGGCUCACAAGAAGCCCCUCCAGGUGCCAAAUAUCUAUCACCAUCUGCCUCACUUGCUCAACAAUGAAGGCAGUCUGCACCCCGCCGUACUGGUGGGCCAGGGACGUACCGGAGUUUCCAUGGUGAUGGGCAUCCCCACGGUGAAGCGGAAAGUAAAGUCAUACCUGUCAGAGACGCUUCAUUCACUCAUCGAUAAACUCUCGGCGGAGGAGAAGCUCGACUGCGUCAUCAUAGUGUUCGUGGGAGAGACGGACGUAGAUUAUGUAAACAGUGUGGUUGCAGGCCUUGAAAAAGAGUUCUACACUGAACUGAAUUCUGGGUUACUGGAGGUCAUUUCUCCCCCGGCCAGCUACUAUCCAGACUUCAACAACUUGAAAGAGACCUUUGGUGACUCGAAGGAGAGGGUGAAAUGGAGGACCAAGCAGAAUUUGGACUAUUCCUUUCUAAUGAUGUAUGCUGUCAACAAAGGGGUCUAUUAUGUCCAGUUAGAGGAUGACAUCGUCGCCAAGCCUAACUAUUUUGCCACCAUGAAAAACUUUGCCCUUCAACUCGCCACUGAGGACUGGAUGAUCCUUGAGUUUUCACAGCUGGGCUUCAUUGGUAAAAUGUUCCAAGCCCCAGAUCUAAAUCUCAUUGUGGAGUUUAUCUUCAUGUUUUAUAAGGAGAAGCCCAUCGAUUGGCUGCUAGAUCACAUACUCUGGGUCAAAGUAUGCAACCCAGAGAAAGAUGCCAAACACUGUGAGAGACAGAAGUCGAGUCUGCGAAUUCGUUUCAGACCCUCUUUGUUUCAGCAUGUAGGCCUGCACUCCUCCCUUGCUGGGAAAAUCCAGAAACUCACGGAUAAAGACUUCCUGAAACCUCUACUGCAUAAGAUUCACGUGAACCCACCGGCGGAGGUGUCCACCUCUCUUAAAGUGUAUCAAGGCCACACGCUUGAGAAGACCUACACGGGCGAGGAUUUCUUCUGGGCCAUUACUCCAAUGGCUGGAGACUAUGUCUUGUUCAAGUUUGAUCGGCCUGUCAACAUAGAAAGGUUCCUUUUUCGCAGUGGAAACCAGGAGCACCCAGGAGACAAAAUCGAGAACACUACUGUCGAGAUCCUGCCCUUUUCGGACGCUGAGGUGAAGACCAAAGAGAAAUAUAAACGGACAGAAGAUCGGUUCUAUAAACUUGCUCAGUUCGAGAAAGGACUGGCAGAGGGGACGGUUGAGCCCGCCUUUAACCCUGUGGUGGCUGUGCGUCUGACGGUCCAGAAAGACUCCGCCGUGUGGGCGAUUGUUAGCGAGAUCCAUAUCAAGAGGAUACCUGGAUAACUACCUGAAUGUGUCCAGUGGUUGAGACCCUCUGGUCAUCUAGACAGGGACGUGCUGCUCGCAUCUACAGCGCUUCAAGAGUGACCGGGACAUUAUAUCAGAGCGCGUGGAGGAACCCUUGCUCUUAAACUUUACUUUUUCCUUAUUUUCUGUCAUUUCGUCUUCCUCUGGUACCUUCGCCACUCUCUCUUCUCAUCUACUUGGCUUUCCCUUCUGUCGUCAGACUUUGUUUUUUCCUUUUACUAUUGCCUGAAUUCUGUUGCGUGAAUGUGACUACUACUGUACAGAAAAAGACACUUUUUGACAGAAUGUUUCCAGACACUGAAUUUGUGUCGUGAAGAAUUGCAAUCAUUGCUGUCAUGAAGGAUUGAAGUUCAGGAUUCAAGGCUGCACCCAAUGCUGGAGAAAAUGUCCCCUACUGAUGAAGAAUGUCCUCAGCGCUCUGCCGUCAUGGACUGUAACUGACCUCAAACCCUGGGUCAGGUGACUACGGCUGGAAGAGUAGGGCGACAGAAACGUCAACUUUGCAUUUUAUUUCGGUAUUUAUAUAUUUUUUAGGUUUUUGUUUUAGGAUGUUGAUGUUGGCCCUCUGUUAAGAACAUUUUGAAAAACCAGUUUAUUAUUUUAUUGACUACUUUGCCAAAAUCUAAAAACAUAUUUCUUAAAACGAACAGCAUAUCUUAGGCCUCUACCUGGUCAACACGAGUGGAUUUUCCUCUGUCAUUUUAUUGUCAACCAAUCAAUCGUGGCUUUCAAUCGGAAAGUUUUUUUUUAAAUGGCUGUUGUUGUUGUUCUUGUUAUUAUUAUGACGAUCUAUGAAGGUGAAUUAAUUUAUUUGAAAUAAAUCUUUAAUUUCUACAAGAAGUAAAUGCUUUUAUAUUCAUUGGAAAUUUAUGACGUGGCUUGAAGUCGAGUGAAGAUGGUUGAUGUUUGUAUCGUUGUGUAGUUCAGAGGGGUGCAGGGCCGCCCACCUCUGUGCCUUAACAUCCAGCGUCCCUUGAGGGCCUGGUAAAGGACUGCCUUGCGCCCUGCCAAAACGCUUAAAUCAUACAAUAGGACAAUUUGUUAUAUGCUUGAUUUAAGUGGGAUGUUUUAAGUUUAGAGCAUGAAUCGUCCAUGUUUAUGUUCCAGAAUCUUUCGUGUUUUCAUUUGUUCAUUGAGCAUUUUCAAUUUCAUUUCAAAUAAUCUGCUUUCAGUCAGAAAAUGUUCUUCUUUCUAUGCUGUAUCAAGAGUAUCUGAAUGUUCAGUGAGUCAUGAUUAAGUCCAGAUGGAAUCUGCAGAUUCUUUUUUUUUUUUUCUGCGUGGUAAAAUGUGAUUAAUGAAGCUGAGGGUAUUAAAAGUACAAUAUACGGAGCCCCUUAAGGGACAUGGUGAUUGGGAAAAUUGUAUUUCAAAGCGUUGAAAAAGUAUUUCAAUGCUUUUGCAAGCAAACGCAAAGGUUCUCGGGGAACGCAAUACUUUUGCGAGAGAACGUCAUAUGAAGUGAGAGAAAAAAAUAUAUUUCAAUGCUUUUUUCUGAGCAAAUUAAAAGUUUGUCAGGGGAACGCAAUACUUUUGUGAGAGAACGCAAAAAAA